GACCAGUCUGACGAGCCGGACUGUAUCAUUUGUAACAGGUGACAGCGAGUUUUCCAGCUCGCAUUCAUUUCUCCACUGAAACCACCUCCUGCGCGUAUGGCACGCACACUUCUCCCGAUCAGAGGAAAAACACGCUCCGCGCUGGAAAUCUGAAGUAAAGUUUUGUUUUUAUUCAUGGUGAAUUUUCAUCUUUUAGCUCAGAAUGAGUGGCUGAAGAAAAGUUUAUACAGUUCAUAAAAGAGGCUUUUGUCUAAUCGGUGGAUCUGAAAUUCGUCAUGGAGCAGGAGGACACAUUGGACUUUAAGGCCCUAAGGGCCAAGUUCCAGGAGGAAGAACUGGUCCUGAGGCAACCCAGGAUUAAACCUGCUCUCCCAGAGAAACCAAAGGUUGUCCCUCCUCCCCAGAGUCCCCCACAUUACCUCCCUGCAGGAGCACGCCCCUCCCUUCUCACCUCCAUUAACCAGUCUUUGGAGGGAAAGACGAUGAGUGCCCCCAGAGUGGUCUUUAAGGAUGACAAGAACGAGAGCAAAAAGCCUCUCAUCAAAACCAACACAAAGAGUAAAGAAAAGAACGAAGUGAAGGAAGGUAAAGACAAGACAGGGAAAGGAAGUGAGGAGAAGCUUAAUGAGGGUCUACCAGAUAAGAAGGAGAAGAAGGAGAAUGGAAAGGAUAAGAAACUUUCAUUCUUUGGAGGGCAGAAGGAGACUACAGCAGAGCUGGUGCCGGCCACACCUCCACCUAAAGCCACAACACAGAAGAAGAAGAAGGGUUUGCUUGGUUUCAAAAAGUCCUCAAAGUCAGAAUCAGUGAUGAUCCCAGCUGAUCUGAUCCUAGAUGCCCCUAGCAUGGACGACUCUGGACCUGCUCCACUAAUCCCAGUGCCUUCUGAUGUUGACACACCACUAGAGUCUGAGAUCUUCCCACCAGAAACCCUCCCACCAAACAACCUGCCCUUAUCUUCAUUCAGUGCUAUAGUGGAAACUAGUCUGAUCUCCCCUAUUCCUGAACUACCUGAAUUAUCUCCACCACCUUUUCUUAUUCCUGAAAUCCCAGCUCUCCAAGUCUCAACCCCACAGAACAAAAUGCCACAGGGAGAAAUCCCAGUUGUGACAGAAAAUCCUGCUUUGCCUGUUUCCAGACCAGCCAGCCAAAAUGAAGUCAUCCCCAUUCCACCCAGUAUUACUCCAUCCCCUCCACCCAGUUCUGCCAUCUCAGAUCCUCCUCCAGCAGCCUCUUCUCCGUCUCCUUCCUCUCUUGAGCCUGAGGUUGCAGCUGAGGCUGUCAUAGAAGUUGCAGAUGAGAAGCCUCCCUCUCCACCCAUGGACCCUCCAGCUAUACCUCCAUCUCCCACAGCUGAGCGUCCAAUCUCUGCCCUGUCUGCCCUGUCUGCCCUGGAGAGGGCGGAAGACAUGAGUGCUGGAAAAAGGACGCCUCCGGCCGAUAAUAGGAUUUUAAGUGCUCUGGAGAAAGCACGCAGGAAGGCCAGCCCAUUGUCAAACUCCACCCAGUCCUCCCCUGUGCCCCCUCCACCUGAAGAUCUCCCCCCAUCUCAGAGUUCCGCCCAUGCUCUCCCAGAGCUCCCACCUAUUGAUUAUGAAGCAGGGUACGCCCUCCCACAGAAACCAGCACAAGUUAACGGUAUCAACCACCGACAAGCCUCUCCAGUGUUAGAGGGCAUCACUGAGGAGGGGACUGAUGGUAUUCCAGAGCUGCUGGUCAUUCCCCCUCCUCCACCCAGAAGGGCCCUUCCAGAUCUGGAGUCCCCAGAUCCUGUUCCAGUGGAACCACACACAUAUCCCUCACCAAGUUUAUUUUUUCCUCCUCCUCCUCUAUUUGAAGUAGCACCUGCUUCACCCGAGUUUUCAGAGGCCGACAUCUCAGACAUGCCAGCGUUUGAUGAUGAGGCUUCAGAUGCUUACUCUCCGGAGCUGCUGACAUCAGAGUGGAGGAACGAGGAGUACACAGCUGAGGACGAACUGGAUGGACAGCUUCCAGACGAACAGAACUUACCUGAGUGUUACAGCAAUGGAAUAAUUGAUUCAGGAAAUGAGAUCCACUCAGGACCAGCAUAUGAAGGCGAAUACCAAGAUGAUCUAGAUCAAACAGACUCUUCCCUCCAGAUCACCCAAGACUCGCCACUAGUGGAGGGGGCUCAAGCAGAAAACCGUAACAGUGUCAUCAUAAGCACAGAUGAUGUGUAUGAGGAAAUCUCCCCAUCUUCCAGCAAGAAGAAGGGAAAGAACAAUAGUAGCAAGAAUCGCAAAGGAACACCAAAGAAUCCGUAUGAUGAGGCUACACCAGAAACGGUUAAAGAGAAAACUAAGACGGGGAGGUUUGGCAAGAGUGAUAAGAAAGCUGCUGCAGAGGGACCGGAUGAGAAAGAGCUAAAAAAGAAAGAGAAGCAGCGGCUGGAAAAGGAGAAGAAGGAGUUAAAGGAGAAGCAAGAGCGGGAGAAGAAAGAGCAGAAGGAGAGAGAAAAGAAGGAGACCGCCCUGAAGAAAAAAUUCAAACUCACAGGACAGGAGGACGCCAUGUACCAGGCAACAGUCACUGUAACGACAAAGGGCCGUAAGGACGAUUUGCCCGUCAAAACCGGAGACGUCAUCAGCAUCAUUCGGACAACCAACUGUCCCAAAGGGAAGUGGCUGGCCAGGGACAGCAGCAACAACUAUGGGUAUAUCGCUGUGGAUCAUGUGGAGCUGGACAUCAAGGAGAUGCUGGAGGUGGGGAAGAAAGCCGUCCGCAAGAGCAGCAGCAACUUUAUAGAGGCGGAUGUUGCCAGCACGGGGAGCAGAGCUUCAAACCAUUUUCCUCAAUCAGCAGAAAGCUUCACAGAUGACAGUGAGGAGUGGACCUGUGAUGAUGAUGAACCGCUCUCUGCCCCUCAAACUACAGACCCAUUCCCACCAUCGAGUCACACCAGGACUCUCUCCAUGCCAGAUAUGGGAAACAAAGACCUUCCCAUAAACCACCAGCACAGUCACAGUGACAUGGCCACCAAUGGCUCCCAAGUCCAGGUGAGACAUGAAGCACUUCAGAAGCUGGCGACAUUUUUCCAUUCCCCACCACCUGAGGAGCUACCUGCAAGCUGCAUCGAAGCAGAGACGAGUCCAAAGCCUGUAGCAGAGGAAGUAGUUGAAGGGUCUGAGGAUUGUUCAACACAGGAAGUUGUGGAUUUUGAUCCCUCAGAAAUUAUUUUACCUCCUCCUGACCUGUACGCUGACAUAGCAGUGGAGUGAUGACCAUAAGAAGAAAUCAGCUGGACUCUUCACUGUCCGUCUCUGUCCUGUUUGUGUCUUAGUUUCUAAGAGUCAAGCAAAAAAACCCAAAAAAAAACAACAAAAAAAAUCACCCAGGUCCUCACAUGGUCCGGUCCAGCCACCUGAUACUCUCGACUUUGACCUUAUUUUACCCGAUAACUGCAAGGGCGACUUAUGGAUCAGAAUGAUGACGAGCAAUGAGUGAGACAUCAUCUAAAAGACUAGAAAUCUUUCUUCUGCUCCUUGAAGCUGUCAGCGUGAAGCUUGUGAGAAACAGCCAGACUGUUGAUGCUGAAGCUGGAGGAUCCCGCAACUUCCUCCAACGCCAGAAAUGUAAAAUUACGUCUAACGUGGUGGAAACAAGAGAAUGAUGAUGGAAGCAGAGCAGUAGAAUCUUCUCAAACUGCAGAGUUCUUCCUGAGGAAACAACAGAAACAGGAAGAAACCUAAAUCCUAAAUCCAGUGAUUUGUCAGGUUGCUCCGGAUCAACCAGAAAUCCUGAAAAAAAAAACUAAAUGUUUUAACUACAACUUCAAACUGAAGAUCAGUUGUGUUCCUACAAAUGUAUAGAUUUU